AUGUCCGACGCAGAACUCGACCAGGAAUGGAAGCCGAGCCGUCGGCCGCAGUCGACCAUGGCACAGGCCUUCUCGACUGCGCUGGAUAGCGCCUUUUCGCUCGAUUCCGAUGUCAAUCACCUCUCACAGACCAUCGAUCAAAAAAGACACCAGAUGAUGAUCCAGACGCGAGAAUUGGAGCAACUCCAGGCCAAGAUCCGGGAGGCCGAGGAACGUCUCAAGGCCCGACAGUCUUUAAUCCUCGAUGGAAACAACUCAAGGAACCAGUCAGCACAACGAGGAGAGCGAUUCUAUCAAUCAUCAGCAUCCACCUCGUCAUCUCCCACGGAAUCGGCAGGCCAGUACUCGAGCGGCGAUGAACAACAACAGCGCGGUAAGGGCCGUAACUCAUGA